AUGAGUACAAAGAUACCAGACGUAGAGACCCGCGAUAUAUUGCAAGAACCCAUUGACCCUGCGGCUGAAAAGUCUCUCGUAAGACGCUUGGAUUUGGUUCUGCUUCCCACACUUGCUCUCCUCUACCUAACCCACACGCUCGACCGCGCAAAUCUCGGAAAUGCAAAGACAGCAACAAUCGAGGAAGACCUGCACCUGGUCGGAAACCAGUACUCGCUGGUCCUGAUCUUCUUCUACGUGCCAUACUCGAUCUUCAACAUUCCAGCUACCGUCCUGGCGAACCGGUUCAACCCCUCGCUCGUUCUCCCUGUUCUUGCUAUUGGCUGGGGAGGACUUGCGAUGAUUACAGUUGCUACGAAGAACUUUGGAGGUCUGCUGGUUUGCCGCCUUGUUCUGGGUAUGAUGGAGGCGGGUUUCAUGCCGUGUGCAACAUUCUAUUGCUCCCUGUUUUAUACGCGCAAGGAGCUGGCGUUUCGGUUGUCAAUCUUUUAUAUCAUGGGCUUUAUUGCGGGCGCCAUCAGUGGAUUGAUAGCAUAUAGAGCAUUCCAAUGGGAUGGCCCGUUAACGGGCUGGCAAUACCUGUUCCUAAUCGAAGGAGCCAUGGGCGUUGUCGUCGGCACAUGGGCCCUGUUCUGGCUCCCGCGAGACGUCUCAACAAGCAAAUACUUCACCGCAGCCCAGAAACACUGCGCCGCCCAGCGAAUGGCGCACGGCCAGACCGACAUCUCCUGGCUCAAGGGCCUGACCGUUCUCAGAGACUGGAAAGUCUGGGCCUUCGCAUCAUCAACCUUCUUCUGCGGCGUGGGAUCCGCCAGCAGUUCCAACUUCCUACCUGUCAUGAUUAAACGCUUAACGAACGACACUGUGCGCGCGAACUUACUCACCAUCGGACCGAAUCUCGUUGCGGCGACGGUUAUGAUGACGGUGUCUUUCCUAUCGGAUUAUACGCAGCAACGGGCCUGGUUCGCUCUUGGCUCUGCGGGCGUUGCCCUAAUCGGGUGGGUUCUGUUUGCCUCGUUGGAUCUGGUGAAAGAGACAGGCGUUGGGUAUUUCCUGACCUAUCUGAUUGUCUCGGGUACAUUUCUGCCUCUGUUGCUUGUUCCUGCGUGGAUUGGGGCGAAUACCAAGACGACCUCUGAGCGGGCUGUGGCCAUGGGGCUGAUUUCCAUGUCGCAGAAUCUGGGUGGGAUUGUUUCUUCGGGGGUGUAUCGUGAGCAGGAUGCGCCGGCGUAUCGACCGGCUCUGAUUACGGUUUCUGGGUGUCUUGUGGGGUUUUUGAUUAUCUGCGGGUAUAUGAGGGUGGUGUAUGCGAGAUUGAAUAAAAGGUUGGAUGGGGAUCAAAAGGAGUCUAAAGGAGUCCAGUAUAUGCUUUAG